AAUUGACAUAGGGGAACUCAGUUUCUCGCUUGUGUCGGCUUGAGAAAGUAUAGACGGCCAUAUAUUCUUUAAUAGACAGCACAGUUUGUGUUGAUUGACCCGGUUAUUAUUUAUAAAUAUGUCAUUAUGGAUAUAACUGGCAUAAGUGCUAGAACUAGUCGUCUGAAAUAAACCAGAGCCUUAGAGGAGGAGUUUCUGGUUGGAGAAUAGCAGAGGAGAAAAUCAGGCCUAAAUGUACAACUCAUCAAUUUGCAGUUUUAUGUUUAGUACUAAUAUUUUGCAGCCUAGGAUGGUAAUUGCGAGGCUGUCAUGCACAUUGAAGACUCAUCAAAACGUGAGAAUCGGACACUGCACAAAGGUGCCCAGGAAUGUAAACAUGGAGAAACUGCAACAUGGUUAUUUAUUUCCUGAGAUUGAAAGACACGAGCUUAUGCACUUAGAGAUGUAUCCACAUGCAAAUGUAAUAGACCUCGGAAUUGGUGAUACGACACAACCCUUACCAACAAUUGUAACAUCUAGCAUGGUUGAUUUUGUGCAUGGCCUUUCAACAGCAACAGGCUAUAAAGGAUAUGGACCAGAGCAAGGUGAAAAGGCCUUGAGGAAAGCAAUUUCUGUUACAUUCUACAAAGAUCUGGGGAUAAAACCUUCUGAGGUUUUUGUUUCAGAUGGUGCACAGUGUGAUAUUACUCGUCUUCAGCUGCUUAUGGGUCCCAAUCUGAAGAUAGCUGUGCAGGAUCCAUCCUUUCCGGCCUACAUAGAUUCGAGUGUCAUAAUUGGUCAGGCUGGCAAGUUUGUAGAUAAAGCUGGGAAGUACAAAAACAUAGAAUACAUGACAUGUGGACCUCAAAGUGACUUCUUUCCUGAUCUUCCUACCAUUUCAAGGACUGAACUUAUUUUCUUCAAUUCUCCAAACAAUCCCACUGGUCAUGCAGCAACAAGGAAGCAAUUAGAACAACUUGUGGAUUUUGCCAAAGUGAAUGGAUCAAUCAUUAUCUUUGACUCUGCAUAUUCAGCAUAUAUCACUGAUGAUAGUCCUAAAUCAAUCUACGAAAUUCCUGGAGCCAGAGAGGUUGCAAUUGAAGUGUCAUCCUUCUCGAAAUUUGCUGGCUUCACAGGUGUCCGCCUUGGUUGGACAGUGGUCCCUGAAGAACUCUUGUAUUCAAAUGGCUUUCCUGUUGUGCAUGAUUUCAACCGUAUAAUGUGCACAUGUUUUAAUGGAGCAUCCAACAUAGCUCAAGCUGGUGGACUAGCAUGCCUUUCCCCAGAGGGUUUAAGGGCCAUGCAGACCCUUGUUGACUACUAUAUGGAGAAUGCAAGGAUACUGGUUGAUGCUUUGACUUCUCUUGGUCUGACAGUGUAUGGUGGUAAAAAUGCACCCUAUGUUUGGGUCCAUUUUCCUGGCUCAAAAUCUUGGAAUGUUUUUGCUGAAAUUCUUGAGAAGACUCACAUAAUUACAGUCCCGGGUAGUGGUUUUGGACCAGGUGGUGAAGAAUAUAUAAGAAUUAGUGCUUUUGGCCAGAGAGAUUCCAUCAUUGAAGCCUCAAAAAGACUCAAAUACCUUAUCUAUCAGGAGCAAAACUAAUGCUCUCUACUUCCGUCAGUUUUAUAAAUCUAUGCAUAGAUAAAAUAAAGCAAAAUUAAUGGCAAAUCUGAGUCUUCUAUCUAGUUAUAAGAGGAUUCCCGUGCGAACUAUACUUGUAAUGUAUUACAUCUUCGUAGUGCAAUUAAUAUCUGGAACUCAAUCUUGCA